AUGCCCAAGGCUAAGACCGGAUCCGCUAAGAAGCCCGCCGCUGCCCCUUACUCCAAGGGCAAGGCCACCAAGGCUCCCAAGAACCCUCUCUUCGAGAAGCGUCCCCGUAACUUCGGUAUUGGCCAGGACAUCCAGCCUCCUCGUGACCUCUCGCGCUUCGUCAAGUGGCCCGAAUAUGUCCGCCUUCAGCGCCAGAAGGUUAUUCUUAACCAGCGCUUGAAGGUCCCCCCUGCGAUCGCCCAGUUCGCCAACACCCUUGACAAGAACACCGCCACCAAUCUGUUCAAGCUGCUCAACAAGUACCGCCCCGAGUCUAAGCAGGAGAAGAAGGGUCGUCUUGAUGCCGCUGCCAAGGACAUUGCUGAUGGCAAGAAGGCUGAUGCCAAGGCUGACGGCAAGAAGCCCCUCUUCGUCAAGUACGGUCUCAACCACUGUGUUGCCUUGAUCGAGGCUAAGAAGGCUGCUCUUGUUGUCAUCGCCGCCGACGUUGACCCCAUCGAGCUUGUCGUCUUCCUCCCCGCUCUCUGCCGCAAAAUGGGCGUCCCCUACGUCAUUGUCAAGUCCAAGGCUUCGAUCGGUGCUCUUGUUCACAAGAAGACCGCCGCCGUUGCCCUUAUCCAGGAGGUCCGAUCAGAGGACGAGCGCGAGCUCGCCAACCUUGUCUCGGCCGCUAAGGCCAACUACCUUGACAAGGCCGAGGAGAUUCGUCGUCACUGGGGUGGUGGACUUCUCUCGCAGCGAUCUAACCACAAGCUCGCCAAACGUGCCAAGGCCGCCGCUCUUCAGCCUAAGCCCAUCGCUGUGGCCGCCCCCGCUGCCGCGGCCGAGGACGACGAGUAA